AUGGACGAUAAAGAAGCUUUGCCGUAUUUGAACGCAGUCGUGCGAGAAGUCCAGAGAUGGGCGCCGAUUGCUCCAACUGGCGUGUCCCAUCGCGUGACGGAAUAUGAUGUGUAUGAGGGCUACUUCAUCCCGAAGGGCACAACUGUUAUUGCGAAUUUUUGCUGA